AUGAGUAAAGGUUUUUUCAUUGUUAGGUUAACAACUGAAUCAGACAAGGAGAUGAUUUUUGGUUCAAAAUGGAUCGUAAAUCAACGGCAGUUGAGGAUAAUUGACUGGUAUCCGGGAUUCAACCAAGAAAAACAGCGAACGUCCCAUGCUGCUACAUGGGUAAGAUUUCCGGGACUUCACAUGGAACUAUGGACUGAACUAUCUCUGUUGGCAAUGAGGAAGGCUCUCGAAACUCCAAUAGUGGUAUAUCAAAGAACUCUCGAUCUUGAGUAUGGCCAUUUUGCUGUUGUGCUUGUUGAUAUAGAUUAUGCAAAACAUAUACCAGAACGUAUCCGUCUUUCGGCAGGAGGAAGGAAGUUUUGUCAAUACAUACAUAUACCUUUAUAUCCUAAAUUAUGUUCAAUGUGCAAUAUCAUUGGACAUGUAGAUGAUGAGUGCAAAAGGAAAGCUGCAAAAUCGCAUGUUGUGAAAAUGCCUACUAAAGAAGAUGAUCACCAGUUGGUACAUGUUGAGAAACAGCCUGAAACUACUGUGCAUUCAAAACAAGUUUGGCAACUUGUGAAGAAUAAAAAGUCAGGAACUAACGGACCUGAGAAAACUAUUGAUGUGCUUGAAGAGGACGUAGCAAAUUCUGAAGCUACAUUACGGAAGGCGGCUAAUGAUUUGGAAAGAGCUAGGCAGGCUGUUAAUGCGGCUGUACAAGCAGCAUCAGGCGUUAAAGGGAAGAAGUGGGGGGAUUUACCUCCAGGUCGGGACAUUGGUCGUGAAGUUUCUUUGGUGGACAAGGAAAAUAAUGGGCUUUUACACAAGUCCAAUAACAAUGAAAAUCAUGAUAUGGACAGUGAUGCCAGGCAUGUGGUAAGUGCUACUAAUUCUGUUCAGUUAACUAAUGAGGAGCAUGAGGUUCUUUGUACAAUAACAAAGUUUGAUAUUCAACAAAAAAAUUUUUGA